AGCACACCAAGAGCCAUGCAAGGGGGUGUGGCCGCAUCUCAAAGCCUUUCCACAGGAUCCCUGACUGGAAUCGAAAGCGCCCAAGCACAGUCACUUUGCGCUUGCGCACAGACGAGCCCACUCCUUUCCCGACCGUGGGGGAGGCGACAUCCUGAGGGUUAUUCAUCCUCCACGAGGUUUCCUCCGCGUCCUUGGCCUUUCUCCCCACCGAUCCUUUCCUCAACUCAAGUGGGCUGGGCCGGAAGCGGAAGUGUCUGUGAGUUCCAGUCUGGCCAUGGAGGAGUCUCCGUUCAGGGAACCGGUGUUGGACGCCAAAUCCGAGGUACAUUCGGCCUGGGAGAAGGGGCUGGGGCGGACAGUGGUGCCGGGAAGGCUUUUCUCCGAACCGUGUUUCUGCUUCUGUUCCAGGUCACCUGCCAGCUUGUAGAUUUUCAGUGGAAACUGGGCAUGGCUGUGAGCUCUGACCGCUGCAGAUCCCUCAAGUACCCGUAUGUGGCAGUGAAGCUCAAAGUGGCAGAUCCUUCUGGCCAAGUAAACACCAAGUCCAUCGAAAUGACAAUCCCACAGUUUCAGAAUUUCUACAGACAAUUCAAAGAAAUUGCCGCUGUCAUUGAAACUGUGUGAGGACUGAUACCGAAGUAAUGGACUCUACCUUCCAGAAAAGAACUGCAUAUGGAUGAAAGAUAUUUAUGCAAUGAAAAGUGCACUUCUGGGGCUCAAUAGGUGGCUCAGAGGUUAAGAGCAGUGGUUGCUCUCCCAGAGGACUCAAGUUCAAUUCCUGGUAACCACAUGAUAACUUACAACUGCCUGUAACAUCAGGACCAGGGAAUCCUACACACUCCCACAGACGUCUCUGCAGGCAAAGACAAAUGGGUAGAAAACUAAAAAUUAAAAGAAUUUCACUUCCCAAUUUUUUUCCCAGUUUAAAAAAAAAUUGAUAAACUCAAAUUUUUCAGUGGUCA